AUGACGAAGUUAAAAAAUAUUUUUUUCGUGCAUUUCCUUUUCCUUAGCUAUUUUGUAAUCUUAGUGAAGGGGGAUACACAUACAUGCGAUUUUAACGAAAAUGUAAGCCUGGUCUUCGAGGAGAAGCAAACGAAAAACAGCACAAAAGUAUGCACAUUGAAUCCUCAAGUGUUAGAUAAGGUAAGUGUUAAGUGUGGGUCGGAUUCAUUAAAAUAUAAAUUGUAUCCUCCAAAAUGUUUCGAGGAAGUUUAUGACUCUUUGACAUUUAAAAAAAUAGAAAAAUUAAAAGAAUAUGUACAUGGUAUUUCAACUAUGAUGAUACGAAAGGAUCAUGAAAACGAUGUAGACGAAGUUUCUUUUAGAGCACCUCCAAGUUUUGAAGAAGCAAAGAAAAUAUACUGUUAUUGUGAAAAUAAAAAAAGGAUAAAGGUAAAAAAUAAAAAUGAUUAUAUAUAUGAAAAAGAUAUUACAUAUACAGGAAUUGUUGAAAUUGUAUUACCUACUAUACCUAAAAAAAUAGAUGGAUGCGAUUUUACUCAGAACAUAUCAACUAUAUUUACUAAAGGGUAUGAUGUCAAUCAUUCUAAAAAUGCAGAAAGUAAUGAAGAUGUUAUAUGUAAAGUACAUGCACAAGUAAAUAAACUGAUUGGAUUUAAAUGCCCACUAAAUUAUUAUAUUGAACCGCAAGAAUGUUUUAUCAAAGGCUAUAACUUAAAUGGACAGCUCGAAAAUAUACUGAAUAAACUACCUCUAACAGAGCUUGUCAUGGAUCAUUAUAAUAAUGUUUUUUAUUCAAAGGUACCUAGUAAAAUAGAUGAAAAUACACAUUUCUUUUGUGUAUGCACAGAUGGAAAAAGAAGACUGAUAUCUCAUUUUACAUUUACAACACCUGAAGUCAAUACUAAUGAGAAUACUGAUGUAUAUAGCACCAAGAUUUUGAAAGGUAGUAAUAGUCCUUCCUUAAAAAUUUCCCUCCUUGUUAUUAUCACCUUGCUCGUCCUUCCCUUCGUCUUGGUCUUCUAA